UGGAUGCAACCAUUUGCACAGGCGCUAGCAGGUUGUUGAGGGAGCUCGUCUCGAGAUGAGCCGGGAGGAUCGUGAGGUCGGACCCUAAUCUCCUGUUCUGCGGCUUGGCUGGCUGCAGGAGCGGCUUUCGAGGCUUACUUUGUGCACCGGUCUCUCUCUGGAUCUUUUUUUCCGAUAUUUUGGGCAUUGUUUUUGCGUUGAGGGAAUGCCAAUUAAGGUACAGAAUGUGGCCUUGUGUAGGAAUGUGUGACAGAGGUAUUUGUUCCUGUAAUUCAAGCCUUAUCUAAAGCAGGAGGAAAGCUUGAAAACAAGCCACCAAAUUUUCUGUCAAGGAUAACAAGCAGUUCUCAGUUUCUACCAGUGUUUGGGGUAAAAGAAUUCAAAGAGCCAAUAAGCACCUGACAAUACAGGCUGCAAAGGAUUAUGCCCAUAUAGCCAACAGCGAUACCAGGAUAUAACUGCAACAGUGCGUCCCCGGUCUCCCUCUCUCUGUAAGGAUGGAUGACCCAUACCAAAACAACGUGUACCAGCAAGGCACUGACAUAGCUGGAGACAACACCUACUCCACCUUCGGGGAAGGGGGGCAGGACAGUUACGGCUACCAGACAGACUACCCCCCCCAGGAAGAGGACGCGGCCAGCGAUGCCACCGAAGGCCAUGACGAGGAAGACCAAAUGUACGAGGGGGAGUACCAGGGCAUCCCCCACCCUGACGAGAUCAAGGCCGCCAGGAGGGCGGCGCAGGCUGCAGCCAGGGAAAAGGCCCGGGCCGCCGCCACCGGCGUCCGGGAGGACGAGGAGCUGGCCGACCAGUACGAGGGCAUCAUGGAGGACUGUGGCCACGGCCGCUUCCAGUGGACCCUGUUCGCGGUGAUCGGGCUGGCGCUCAUGGCUGACGGCGUGGAGUGCUACGUGGUGGGAUUCGUGCUGCCCAGCGCCGAGAAGGACAUGUGCUUUUCCAAUGCGAAAAAAGGCAUGCUGGGUUUGAUAGUGUAUGUCGGAAUGAUGGUGGGGGCAUUUGUGUGGGGCGGUCUGGCAGACAAGAUUGGACGUCGGCAGUGUCUGGUCACUGCACUGGGCAUCCACUGUGUCUUUGCCUUCCUCUCCUCCUUCGCUCAGGGCUAUGGCUUCUUCCUCUUCUUCAGACUCUGUUCUGGCUUUGGCAUUGGAGGCUCUGUUCCCAUCGUCUACACCUACUAUGCGGAGUUCCUCACCAUGGACAAGAGGGGCGAGCACCUGAGCUGGCUGUGCAUGUUCUGGAUGAUGGGAGGACUUUAUGCUUCAUUCACUGCCUGGGGCAUCAUCCCACACUAUGGCUGGGGCUUCAGUAUGGGCAGCGAGUUCCAGUUCCACAGUUGGCGAGUGUUUGUGCUGGUCUGCGCUCUGCCAGCCAUUGGAUCCCUAGUGGGCCUGAUGUUCAUGCCCGAAAGUCCUCGCUUCCUCUUGGAGAAUGCAAAACAUGAUGAAGCCUGGAUGAUUCUGAAGCAGGUGCAUGACACUAACUGGAGGGCAAAGGGAGAGCCAGAGAGAGUAUUCACAGUCUCCCAAAUAAAAACACCAAAGCAGGAGGAUGAGUUCAUUGAGAUUCAAAGCUCCACAGGAACUGCUUUUCAGCGGUGGAUGGUCAGGACAAUGACUUUGGUCAAGCAGGUGAUGCAGAAUGUAAUGUCCCUGGCCUCGCCUGACCUGCGUCUCACCGGUCUAUUUAUGGCCAUCAUAUGGUUUACAAUGGCCUUCAGUUACUACGGACUUUCAGUGUGGUUCCCCGACAUGAUAAAAUACCUGCAGUAUGAAGAGUACGAGUCAAAGGUGAAACUCUUCCACAGAGAGAAGGUGGAGAACUUCCACUUUAACUUCUCUUUGGAGAACCAGGUCCACAAGGAGGGGGAGUACAUCAAUGACAAGUUCAUCAACAUAGAGAUUAAAUCUGUCAAGUUUGAGGAUUCACUAUUUGAAAAUUGUUACUUUGAGGACAUCAGCUCGACUCAGACUUUCUUUGAGAACUGCACUAUCAAAAACACUGUCUUCUACAACACAGACUUGUGGGAGGAGAAGUUCAUUGACUGUAUACUGGACAAUGCCACAUUCCUGCAUUCCAAGAAGGGCUGUCACCUAAACUUUCAAGAGGAAAAUGAUAUCCUGAUAUACCUAGUCAGUUUCCUGGGGAGUCUGGCUGUGUUGCCAGGUAACAUCAUAUCAGCCCUUUUCAUGGACAAAAUUGGAAGGAUACAUAUAAUUGGUGGCUCCAUGCUCAUCUCUGCUGGCUGUACGUUCUUCCUGUUCCUGAGUUUCAGUCAGGCCGCUAUCAUCGCUUGGCAGUGCCUCUUCUGUGGCACCAGUGUGGCAGCCUGGAAUGGCAUUGAAGUUAUCACAGUGGAACUGUACCCAACUUCUAAAAGAGCCACGGCGUUCGGGGUCCUGAAUGGCCUGUGCAAGCUGGCUGCCAUCUUGAGCAGCUCCAUCUUCUCUGCCUUCGUGGGCAUCACUAAGGUCAUCCCCAUCCUCAUGUCCUUCUCUGCGCUGGUGUGUGGGGGGCUGCUGGCCCUCAAGUUGCCUGAAACACGUGAGAAGCUCCUCCUGUGAAAAGUCAAACACAGGUCAAAGGUUGGGUACCAUACAGGUACUGUUCAGCUGAUUGAGCAAAGUUGGGAGAAAGACAUGCCAGACAUGCUGUUUGCAGACCUCAAGGGGGUGGAUAUUUUCCAUUACCUUGUAGCGUUAUAUUUAGCUAGUGCCCCAUUAUUUUUGGUCAUAUUCAUUAGCCCUCAUGUUAUAUGGUUUUCUUGAAUACUUUACUAAAGUCCACCUUACACACCUCCCCCCACUCCCUUUUUCUGUGAUCAUUGAUCUUCACAAUGAUUAUGUUGUCAAAUGAAAGAAUGUGAGCGACAGAGAAUGAAGAGAAACAUUUCCACAUGCAGGUGCAUCA